AUGUUGAAAUCAAUAAUUUUUAUACAAAAGCAUUAACUGUUUGAUAUCGAAUAGAUGCAAAUUGCGCAACAAAAAAGGAUUCUAGCCAAAUAGAGUCCAUAAUCAAUUAAGUCUAAUAAGCUUAAAUUAUCAUUUCAACAAAAGAAUGUCAAACUCAUAAACAUUAAUGUCAAAACAAAACUUCGAUCUCGUUCUUUUCCAUCCUCAUUUAAUCCCUUUAAAUAUAUAGAAAUUAAGGGAAUGAAUAAGAAAUAGUCCAUUCUUAACACCCAAUCUUCCAUAGGAUCACAAAAACAACUUCGAAAACCUAGAGCUUUGAUUUUGAGUGAUAAGGACCUUGAUAAGUAAUACAAGCAGUAGAAUAAGGAGCAAUUUAAACAAAGGAGAAGAAGUUGCGAGUGCCAAUUUUGUGGACCAUUAAGCAGAUUCCAGAAGCAAUGCAUGAAUCAUGAAUUCAGGAUACAGCAUAUAGAAAAAGAACGAGAAUCACCAAUGCAUAAAUUUCAAAGAUCCAUUCGUAAACAUUAAAUUUAUGUUAUGGCACCAUAUCUAUUUGGUGUAGAAAUACCUACUGAAUCAUUGGAAUCAUCCUUUGUCAGAUAAAAUACAAUCAAAAUUGAGAAAAAAAAUACUCGAUUACUGGAUGUCAUUAAAUAAGAAGAUCCUCUUCAUAUUAACUCUUCAAAAAUCCUAGAGAGAACACCAACUAAAAAGCCUAGUUUUUUUGAAUCAUUUUUAGUCAAAUAAAAAGAAAUUAUCAGCAGUGAAAAAAGCAAAUUAAUCAAUAAAUAGUUUUCGUCAUUAUCAUAUCAUCUUCUAUCGAGAAAUGCUUACAAAUCUAUUAAACCAUUUAAAUCAUAACUUCCUUAAAUACAGACAUAGUAAUACAAAUAAGAGCCAGCCCUUUCUACAGAAAGAAGCACCUAUAAAAAGUCUGAAAAAACAAUUAAGGAACUCUACAUCAAACCAUUCAUUCAUAAAUAUUCAUCCAGAUUUAGACUGACCACUCUACCCGAUUUAAUUCCAAAUCAUAUUUUAUGA